AAAGGAAAUUAAAAAAUCGCGGCUACAGAACUCAUUAGUCAUCGGCGUCGGAGACUCGGAGCAAAACCACAGAAACCCUAACGACUCGUGCACACUCGAGCAGAAGGCGGAAGAAAGUUAACGUCGUCCGCGAAAUAGCAGGCGAUGCUAUGGCUCUAUCGUCCUCCUACCCAAAUGUGAUCGGAAAUCCGGCGACCUGCUCCCCCACACGGCCGCCACUCAGCGACUUCUUUGUGUGGAGGGAGUUCUUGUGGGGAGCAUUGGCCGGUGGAUUUGGUGAGGGUAUGAUGCACCCAGUCGACACCCUGAAAACAAGAAUCCAGAGCCAGGCCGUUAUUUCUGGCAAUCAGGCCCAGAAGAAUAUCAUGCAGAUGGCCAGAACUGUGUGGGUGUCCGAUGGACUAAGAGGGUUUUAUAGAGGGGUCACUCCAGGUGUAAGUGGAUCAUUAGCAACCGGUGCCACUUACUUUGGUGUGAUAGAAUCUACAAAAAAUUGGUUGGAAGAAGUAAGUCCCAGACUUAGCACUCAUUGGUCUCACUUCAUUUCUGGGGCAAUUGGAGACACACUUGGUUCUUUUGUUUAUGUACCAUGUGAGGUCAUAAAACAGCGCAUGCAGGUACAAGGUACCAGCAAAUCUUGGGCAUUAUCUAUAACUAAAGAAAACAUCCAACACAAAUCAGGGGAGAGAAUGUAUGGUUAUUAUACUGGAAUGUUUCAAGCAGGCCAUUCAAUUUGGAAGCAACAUGGACUAAAAGGUUUAUAUGCAGGGUAUUGGUCUACACUUGCAAGGGAUGUGCCUUUUGCUGGUCUAAUGGUAAUGUUUUAUGAAGCUUUGAAAGACAUGACAGAGUAUGGAAAGCAGAGGUUUCUUUCCAAUAGCAACCUUCAUCUUGGCAGUUCUUUUGAAGGUCUAGUUUUAGGUGGAUUAGCUGGUGGAUUUAGUGCAUACCUUACAACUCCUUUAGAUGUGAUCAAGACAAGAUUGCAAGUACAAGGAUCAGCCAUAAGGUACAACGGAUGGUCGGAUGCUUUAAAAAGAAUAUGGGUAGCUGAAGGCCUUGGUGGUAUGUUUAAAGGUAGCAUACCCAGAAUAAUGUGGUAUUUCCCUGCCUCUGCCUUCACUUUUAUGGCAGUGGAGUUCCUUAGAGAGAAUUUUAAUGAGAAGAUGGAUGAUGAUCACAAAGUCACUACUUUAUCAAUGGACCAAAGCUCAACCAUACAAGAAGAAUCAUCUUGCACUCCUUGAUUAUAUCUCAUCCACAAUCUUGCAUGCAAGAUGUAGAACCAAUAGAAUGCAACUCUAACAAAGGUACUUACUCGAGUGGCGUGCAGUUCAUACAACAGUUUCCUUUGUCAUUGCUCGCAGGAUACUUUUUUGGAACUGGGAGCAAUUCACUUCGGCCCAACUGUGAGCUAGGAUUGUAUGUAUUGCGUGCAAAGUCGAUGCGCAAUUUGAAUGUUGCAUGUUAUUCUUUGUCUUCGUAACAAUGUUGUGUAGGACUUGAUAUUUCAAGGUUCAUUGGUGAAAUGAUCCAUACUGAUUGAUAACCUUGCUGUUAUCAAAUUCUGUCGAUCAUGCUGUUGAUAUGAAUGUCUCUGGGACCUGCGUGACCAUGGCUCAGGCUAUGCUCUUUCCGACUAUUAAUGCCUGAAGUGAUACUUAAUAGCGACUUUGUUCUCUUGUAGUCUUGUUCUUAAGUCAAGACAUGGCCAACUUAUUGUGGCAACUUGCAUCAUUGAUAAGCUUUGUAAAUG